ACCCCGGCAGGGAGUGAGUGUCUCGGCAGCCCUGCAGCAGGAGCCGGGCACCUAUGGACGGGCACUGAGGCCCCUACCUCCUCCCCACCUCAGGGGGUGGCCUCAGGGCCGCUCACCCAGAGAAGCUGCAGCCCAGGAGCUACAGGAAGAUGGCGUGCCUGCCUGGUGCCCUGCCGGCGCUGGCCUUGAGGAGGUGGCUGGGGCUCGGGGUCUUCAUGCUGCUCUGCCUUAGCUUAGGCUAUGCACUGGAGAAGAAAGUAGUCAAAAGCAAAGUCGGGGAAAAAGUCUUCCUGCCUUGUUGUCAUGAAAUUCCCAGCUCAGAUAGCCUACAAAACUACCGGGUCUACUGGCAGAAGAACACCACAGAGGUAGUGCUUGCCUAUGCAGAGGGGAAGAAGAUGCCCCAGCAAGAGCGGUACGAGAACCGGACAGGGAUGGAUGUCAGGAACCUCACCCUGUGGAUCUCCCCCGUGGAAAUCCUGGACAAUGGCCCUUACCAGUGUGUAGUUCAGCACCGCAAACAUUCACAGAACUCAGUUGUCGUGUGUGAUGAGACUGUCACCCUCUUUGUUACAGCUGACUUCAGUAAGCCGAACGUAACAGUAGAAAAACGCUUUAAAACUUGUGAAUCAACUGUGAUGGUGGUAAGCUGUUCUUCUCACGGAGGUUUCCCCAAACCCAAAAUCUCUGGAGCCCUCAACAACGUAUCUGUGGUGUGGAAUACCAGCUCUGUGUCCAAGUCCAGCCUCGGCCUGUACAAUGUCACUGGCCAACUGUGGCUCAACGUGACCAAAGACGUCAGCUUCACUUGCUCCGUUGAAUACAAUGGCUUUCUCAAGUCCACCAGUUUGCUUCUGAAAAAUAAAAAUGACUGUGUUGUCCCUACUGUGCCUCCAUCUUAUAAUGUCAUUACUGCUUCAAGUAUCAUCAUUAUCAUCUUCCUUUUGGCCAUCACCCUAGCAGCAAAAUACCUUCCAAGGCAUGUCUGUUCUCACUGCUGUAAGCCUCAGGAUUCAGUGGAAGAGGAUGUGAAAGAAUCUAUGAAGCCACCUGUGAGCUCUAAAGUGACACGUGAAACUUCAUCUGUAUGACCAGAUUGCAUUUGCAGGUUUCUUACACUGUGUAUUCCGCACUGCAGUCCCCACUGUUCGUUCUACAGCAAUGCUUACUGCAUUGACCCUUUGGCUCUCUGGAAAGGGAUAACAGCAGUAGAAAAUUCUGCUCAAGAAGACUGACAACAUAACCUCGUAUGAAUGAAUACAAAACUCCACCUAUGCCACAGACGCUGUGGGGUGGUCUCGUUACAGUGGGGUCACUGGAAUUCUAGCCAUCCUGGACCCUCCAUGUUCCUGCAAUGGGGCAGAAGAAGAGUGUCAUCAGCAUCGACACACCAGUUCAAGAGUUUGGGAUCCUCUGGCUUUGAUGCUGCCUCUAUGAAAAUCAGGGGGCCUGCAGAGCCCUAGCAGGUAGCCCACACCCACCUACUCCUUUAAUAACACAGAGCUGGCCUUUGGGAGACCCCAGACCCCGACACACAAGCUCAAGUCAGGCUUGUGCCUCCAUGUUGCGACUGGGAGCAGCUAAAACUUCUUUUGUAUUCACCCUCACAUGGAUAUCUGCCAGCACUGUUCUUUGUGCUGGAGGACUUUGGAUUGCGACUUGAAUGUUACAGAUACAUGUCCUUUCUCCCCUCAGGAGGCAAUAAUGCACGCACUUUUCAUGAAAAAAAGCAGCUUGAGGUGGGACUGUAUGCCUCAUGCUUAUUUUCAGGGCUAUGAGACUUUCUAGGAAAUCAUACAUACUGACGGCACACCUAACAGCUAACUACUAUUGCUUAUCUACAGCAGUGGCAGAAGUUCUCCUAACCUUUCUCUUCUGAAAGGAUGGCCUCACCAACCCAGGUACCACGAUACAGCUCCUCCGUUAAAUUACUCAGAGAGAGAGAAGCACAUCCGACACAGCGCAGCCCGCUGGUGGUGGCUUGUGUGAGUGCACGCAUGUGCACACCUUUGCGCAUACACAUGUACAAGCUUUUAUACGCAUUCCUUCGUACCCAUACUUGUAAAUUUCUACCCAUUUAAAUUUCUGUAACACUG